GCUCGCCCCUCGGCGGGGCCGCGCGCGGGACGGCCCUCGGUGCGCGCGCCCGGCCCGCACCCGCCGGGGGACAAUGUCUCAGCCCCGAGGCAAGAAGAGAAACCCUGGGCUGAAAAUUCCUAAAGAAGCUUUUGAGCAACCACAGACAAGCUCCACGCCACCCAGAGAUUUGGACUCCAAAGCCUGCAUCUCUAUUGGUGAGGAGAACUUUGAGGUGAAGGCCGAUGACCUGGAGCCCAUCUCCGAGCUGGGACGAGGUGCGUACGGGGUGGUGGAGAAGAUGCGGCACAUGCCCAGCGGGCAGAUCAUGGCAGUGAAGCGGAUCCGAGCCACGGUGAACAGCCAGGAGCAGAAGAGGCUGUUGAUGGAUCUGGAUAUCUCCAUGAGGACGGUGGAUUGUCCCUUCACUGUCACCUUUUAUGGGGCUCUCUUCAGAGAGGGAGAUGUGUGGAUUUGCAUGGAGCUGAUGGAUACCUCACUGGAUAAAUUCUACAAGCAUGUCAUUGACAAAGGCCUGGCGAUUCCCGAGGACAUCCUGGGGAAAAUCGCAGUCUCUAUUGUAAAAGCAUUAGAACAUCUGCACAGUAAACUCUCCGUGAUCCACCGAGAUGUAAAGCCCUCUAACGUGUUGAUCAAUACGCAGGGGCAGGUGAAAAUGUGCGAUUUUGGGAUUAGCGGUUACCUCGUUGACUCUGUUGCUAAAACCAUGGAUGCAGGAUGCAAACCCUACAUGGCUCCUGAGAGAAUCAACCCGGAGCUGAACCAGAAGGGAUACAGCGUCAAAUCCGACAUCUGGAGCCUGGGGAUCACCAUGAUCGAGCUGGCCAUCCUGCGCUUUCCCUACGACUCCUGGGGCACGCCCUUCCAGCAGCUCAAGCAGGUGGUGGAGGAGCCCUCGCCGCAGCUCCCAGCAGAGAGGUUCUCAGCAGAGUUCGUCGAUUUUACCUCGCAAUGCUUGAAGAAGAAUUCCAAAGAACGGCCAACAUACCCAGAGCUUAUGCAACAUCCUUUCUUCACCCUGCACGAAUCCAAAGAGACAGACGUCGCCUCUUUUGUCAAGCUCAUCCUGGGAGACUGAGAACUGGACUUGUGAAAGAAUUGCCCUUCUGUGGACUGGUGGGUGCAGGGGAGGGGCGCGUGGCAGGACUUGUCAUGGAAGCACCAACAGAAAGUCGCCGUGUUUUGUUUUGUUUUGUUCUGUUUUGAUUCUGAGAAACCCCCGCCUCGCCCGAGUUUUUUUAAAGGGUUCUUUGGUAUCCAUAGUGACAUAGAACGAGCUGGUUAGUGGAAUGAAUUUUAAUAAGGUUGGUAACCUUAAAAGAAAAAACAAAACAACAACAACAAAAAAAAUGUUUUUUGAAAGAGUGAUUUACAUAUUUAAUGACAGUCGAGGUUCCUCUUCCUAACUUGCUCCUCAUCCCCUUCCCUUCCCCUUGAACCAGAUUUUGCUUUGUCAUGGUAAUAGGUGCUAUGGUAGUCAUGAAGUUGUAUGUAGAUUUAUAUUUUGUCCCUUCCAUUAUUUUAAUAUUUAUGUUAAGUGCUUGAUGGAAUAGAUUUCUGUUUUAUAUGAG